GAAGAGAAAAACAAGAGAAGAUAAUAUACGCUUAUAUACGAUAAAGUAUACGUAUACUCGUGUGUAUGUAUAUGUAUGUGUAUAUUCACAUAGUCAGAGUCGACCAGUCUUCUCUCUCUCAUCACUUUUAUCGUCACAAUCAUUGCCUUUCUUCUAGGGUUUUCGAUUCAUCGUUUCGUUUUGCAGAGGAAUGGAAGAGGACAAGAAAUCCGAAAACCAUUUGACAUCUGCCGCAGCUUUUGUGGAGGGCGGAAUUCAAGAUGCUUGUGAUGAUGCUUGCAGCAUAUGCCUCGAAGUAUUCAGCGAAAGUGAACCUUCAACGGUUACUGCAUGCAAGCAUGAGUUCCAUCUUCAGUGCAUUCUCGAGUGGUGUCAGAGAAGUUCUCAGUGCCCAAUGUGUUGGCAAGCUAUAAGUCUGAAGGAUCCGAACAGCCAGGAAUUGCUUGACGCGAUAGAGCGUGAGAGGAGUAUUAGGACAACUCCAUCUAGAAACACUGCAAUUUUUCAUCAUCCUACCUUGGGGGAUUUUGAAUUACAGCAUCUGCCGGUUGGUGCAACUGAUGCUGAACUCGAAGAUCGUAUAAUUCAACACUUAGCUGCCGCUGCUGCCAUGGGAAGAGCACGUCAUUUUGCUAGGAGGGAAGGACAGAGAAAUAGAUCAUCUGCUCAAGGCCGUCCUCACUUUCUGGUGUUCUCUACCAAUUCUAAUGCACCUUCUGCCACUGCUUCCUCUUCUCCAACUGAAGCAGGUGAUGGUGAAACUAAUCCUUCAAUUACCGUGAGUGGCUCAUCUCAUAUUCCAUUAGGAAUCAAUGAUGAACCAGUGCAGCCAAAUACCCCACAACGUCCCAUCCAAUCUGUUCAGGCAUCUGGAUCAAGAGUUAUUACAGAAAAUCAGCAUGGGACUUCACCUUAUCGGUCUCCUAGUCGAUCCUCCCCAAAUAGUCAGGACAGAGCAGGGCCUUCGGAAUUUCAGUCGUUUUCCGAUACUCUGAAAUCUCGAUUUAAUGCCAUGUCAUCUAGAUAUAAAGAGUCCAUUACAAAGAGUACGAAAGGCUGGAAGGAGAAACUAUUUUCUCGCAACAGCUCUGCAACUGAUACUGGUGGUUCUGAAGUUAGGAGAGAGGUUAAUGUGGACGUUGGCACUGUAUCACGAAUGAUGGGGAAUCUUGAAACCAACGACAAUGUUCCAUCACCUAGUAUCUCUGUAUCAAAUACUUCGGAGGGUAGGCCGGUUCCUGAGCAUGGCCACCAGCAUACUGGCGGGACUAAUGGCGCUACUUUGAAUGAGAGCAAUGUACAACCUUCAUGUGCUGCAACUUCUGCUUCAGAUUGAGUACUCAUACCAACUUAUAAACUAUAUAUUUAGGUUGGUUUGUUUUUCAGAAACUGCUGUGCCUGUAUGACUUCUUGUCUUUAGUCAAGCCGGUGAUGAUCUACAAAUUGCAUGGGGGAGCAGCAAUCGAUGUCUAGUAUAAUUAGAGAAAUUUGACAGACAGUGCUCUUGAGAAAGUCGGAAACUUUAAAACCAGUUAUACUACUGUAAAUUUUCUGUGUUUGAACUUUGGGAGUAUAUUUCACCGAUAUACUUCUCUCCAGCUUUCUUUUAACUGGACAAGGCAGAUGUUUGAUCAUAAGAUUGUCUAUACUUUGUUUCGUUGAUGACAUGCCAUGAGUUUAUAUGAAUCGUCAUAAAGUUAUACAUUA